GGAAUCUGCAUAAGGACUUUGCAUGGCGGGCAACAGCCAUGUUGUCCCGCUCCAGAUUGGAGAUGGGGACACAUAUUCCAGGAGACGAGUGUGGCUGGGCCACGAGUUUGUGGAUGAGGAGACCAUGCUGCACGUGAAAGGGGUGAUCUUUGCCGCGGCCAUCAUGGCCGGCUUUCAGGUGCUGGCGCUGCUGCUGGCUCCGGCAUCUGGCCACCACGGCCAAGGAUCGCUGCUGAGUUUCCUGUGGGGAAUGCUGCUGCCCGUCUGUGGGUACCUGGGCGCUACACGCAACAAUGCGUGCCUCAUGGGCUGCUUCACUUGGAUGAGCCUGUUAUCUGCAAUCGCACAGCUUCUUACGCUGUGCUACGUUCUACUGGCCGUGGCAGUGAUCAAUUCAAACGAGGAGGAAUUGUGCGAUCUUCUUUGCGUUCAUUUGGGCUGCAACAAUCACAGCACCUACUGCAGCUGUGAGAUAGGCUGCCACGAGGGCGGCUGCUGCGCCGACUUUGAAGAGGUCUGCAGCGCCGGCGUCCAGCUUCGAGCGCCAGCGAGCUGCGGCGACAUCGAGUCGUCGCUCAAGGACCACACACGCAUCGUCAGCGUGGCCGGGCGCUCUGCUCUGAAGAUCUAUGAUGCUGCUCAUCUCUCCUCCUGUCAUUGGCCUCAGCGCCUACGCGUGGUUCCACGGCAGAAAGCUCUGGAGCCGCCUGGCGCAAGGCGAUGUGGUCCUGGCCGACGCGGCGAACCCGGCGGAGGAGCAAGAGUGAUGCGGAAGUGAUCGCACCACAAGUGUGCCACGCAUUUCGUGGGAGAUGGCA